AUGUCCGACCCUGUGAAAAGCGUGUACAUGCUCAGAUCGUUUGCUCAGAGCGUGCCUCUGACGACGUUCGUCGGUGCCUCUCACGUGGGAAGCCCCGAUCAUCCCACGCUCGCUUUCUGCCAUGACUUCGCGAUGCAAGUAGCAUCGUCGGCUCGGAUGUACCGGUAUACCCGAUGCUCGGACCUCUGCCCGCCACUGUCAAGAUCGACACUCCGUAUCGAGACUCAUGUCAUCGGAGGACGCAGACGACAAGACUCGAAUGGAUCUGUGCUAGUCUACGUCGUAGCCCGAAUUGUGAUCUGCGAAGCGUUGUUGCAAAGCUCGGAAGAGUACAAGCAGCUCGAAAAACGACUCGUUCGCAAGAUCGACAUCCGUCUAAUGCCCGUCCUUGUCGUGCUAUAUAUAAUGAAUUACUUGGAUCGAAACUCGAUCUCGACAGCUAGAGACAACGGCCUGACCCGAGAUCUCCAGCUCAAGGACACUGAAUACCAGACGGCGCUCAGUAUCCUCUUUGUCGGAUACAUCACUUUCCAGAUCCCCUCAAACUUGCUCAUGACCAGGAUCGGUCGGCCUUCGCUCUACAUCCCCACCUUUGUCGCGCUGUGGGGCAUCGUCUCUGCAUGCACUGCCGCAGCAAAGGGCUACCACUCGUUGCUCGCCAUCCGUAUCUGCUUGGGCAUCGUCGAAGCUCCCUUCUUUCCAGGUGCGUUGGCAUUGCUAGGAUACUUCUACAAGAAGCAGGAAAUGGCUACGAGGACUGCCAUCCUCUUCUCGGGUAGUAUCAUCAGCAACGCAUUCUCAGGAUUGAUCUCCGCCGGAAUCUUGUCUGGAAUGCAAGGCAAGGCCGGGUUGCAUAGCUGGCAGUGGCUUUUCAUCCUCGAGGGCAGUAUCACGGUGGUGAUCGCAUUGAUGGCGGUGUUUAUCCUGCCCGACAUGCCGCACAAUUCCAGGUUCUUGACGCCCGAGGAACGCGAGAUGGCUGUCAACAGGCUCUCGGUCAACUCCGGAACGACGUUGACUACAGAGGACCAGGACGGAACACCCAUGCAGGGUCUCAAGAUGGCGGUCAUGGACAUCAAGGUUUGGGUGCUUGUCUUUAUGCUCACCGCCGUGACCACCGGUGUCGGCUUCAACCAAUUCUUCCCUACGAUCGUAGGAUCUCUCGGCUACUCUCACACCGUCACGCUGCUCCUCACCGCGCCCAUCUGGUUCUUUGCCUUCCUCGCGUGUCUCGCCAACGGUCUUCACUCUGAUCGAGUGCAAGAGCGAACGCUCCACAUCAUCGGCCCCCUCGUCCUCGGUAUCGUCGGCUUCAUCAUCUCCUCCACCACUACCAGCCUGGGUGGUCGCUUCUUCGCGCUCUUCAUCGAAGCCUCUUCCUACGCCGGCUACACCUGCGUGCUCGGCUGGAUUGCUCCCUCCAUCCCCACCCCCAAGUACAAGAAGGCCGUCGCCCUCGCCCUCAUCAAUGCCUUUUCGCAACUCGGCAACAUCUCCGCCAGCUACGUGUGGCCGAAGAAGUGGGGACCCAAGUACUGGCAGAGCAACACCAUCAGCGCUUCCAUGUUCGUCGCUUGCAUCAUCCUCGUCUUGCUCCACAGGACGAUGCUCAAGAUGGAGAACAACAAGUUGGACGCGAUCAAGAGCGAGUUGGUCAACCGCGGGAGUGCGUUUGCUGCAGAAGACGAUGUGUACGAUGACAAAACUCAGACUGUGCGGGAUCCAGAGUCGCAUUUGACGACGGACGCUAUGUCGAACAAGCAGAAGACGAGGAUUGCCAUGGCCAAGAGCUCAUUCCGAUACAUGUUGUAA